AUGGAGUGUCCCGCCUCUUGCAGCCUCUCACUGUCCCGAGUCCUGGCCCCGGUGAUGAAGAUCCAGGAGGGGCAGGGGGGUCUCCAGGCCGAGGGAGCGGAGGGGAACCCCAGCAUCGCCGGGGGUAGGCAGGCAGCCAUGCUGGGUGAGGAUAGCCCCCGGGAAGGCGAGGUGUGCCCCGCCCCCAGCCGUGACCCCGCCCCCAGCUGUGACCCCACCCCAGUCGGGCUACUCGUCUGGCAACUGCUGGAGGAGGACAGUCAUCCCAUGCUGUCCCCGCGCCUUUACACACUUCAGCUCUGUCAGCGUUCUGACGAUGACACUGAGGUGGCCCCCUCACCUCCCAAUAUGCAUCCCUUCAUGAGCCGGCAGAGGAGUCUGUCCCUGGGUUGCAGUACUGAAGACAAACCUGGCCUGACCACCGCCCAGCUCACCAAGAAGAUUCACGCCCUGAGACGAAAGAUCCACAAGUAUGAGGAGAAGUUCGAGGACGAGCACAAGUACAGGCCAUCAUACAGCGAUAAAGCUAGGAACCGCGACGUGCUCAGAUGGAUGAAUGAACUGUCCAAGCUGCAGAAGGAUCUUAGAGAGGAGCAGAGGAGCCUCUUGGAGGAGGAUGAGGCACCCUACAUCCGGCUGCGCAGCAACACCCUCCCCCGGAGCUUUGGCUCACAGCUGGAGAGGGAGCCCCUGGCAGAGAAGCUCCAGGAGCUAACGGAGAAGGCGGUGGCCAUCAUGCUCAGUGAGCUGAGGAAAUGGAGAGAAGAUGCCGGCCUUCCUGAGGACAUACAGGACAUGACGGGCGAGCAGGCCGAGCUGGAGAAGGCUGAGCUGCAGAGGAUGCUGCUGUAUUAUGAGAGAGUCCAUGGCAGGCCGGUCACUGAGAGGGAGCAGGAGCUCCUCAGACCCCUGCUCCUGAGAUACCAGCUGCUGAAGCAGAGGCUUAACAGAAGCUCCUCCAUCCCAGUCAUUGAAGAGGAGGAUGAUGUUCCUGAGGAUGAUGGGGACACACAGGCUGACUUUGCUGUGAAAGUAAAGCCCAAGAUUAACAUGUUGAACCUCCUGGGCCACUUCAACAGUGAAACUGGGGGCAUCAUCUGGGCUGUUGAUGAGCUCUACUGCUCUGAGGACAUCAGGGAUGGUCAGCUACCCAGUGUAAACUGCACCACCAUGCCUGAGCUUGUGGAGCAGCUUCAAGAAGCCCGAGAUGAGAAAAGGAGAGUUCGGCAGAAACUGCGAGAGUUUGAAGAAGCCUUUUUCAGGCUGAAUGGAAGAAAUGUGCAGAAAGAGGAGCGCUCUCUGCUGGCCAAGGAGUAUACUAAGUACAAGCACAUUAAAGCCAAGCUCAAGCUCCUGGAAGUUCUGAUCAGUAAGAAGGACUCAUCUGUGUUUCUCUAAAACUGGAGGGCAAACCUCCAGCUGCCGGGUAGCCCGACGUGUGCCGCUCAGCCUCAUGGAGCUCAGCACUUUCGUGGUCCGAGGAUCACAGCCGCAGAGUGUGCCUGACCUCCUGAAAUGAUCUAUCUCUCUUUUGUGGUGACUGAGUGAGGUCCACCAAUGGCUUGGGGAUCUGUAAUAUACCAAUGUCAUAUUGACAGGAUUUUGAGCAUUAUGACUGACUGUUUAAUCACAUUCAUUUCAAUUCUAUUUAGUUUGAAUGGCACAUUUUCACAUUACAUUGUCACCAAGCGCUUUGCAUAAUCCCCGCCCAAAGCCCCCAGAGAGCAAGCCAGAGGCGACAGUGGCAAAGAAAACCCCCCUAGAAGGAAGAAACCUUGAUAACAGAGUCUGGCGCCCUCUGCUGACUGCCACUCGCA